AUGGCAGCACAAGUUCAGACUUAUGUUCGUAAAGUAGAAGAUGCACUCAAAGGAUAUUUGUACGAUGGCCCACUCACUCCAUUAUGGAGUCUCGUUGAACAGAAGACAAAGCUUAAACGAGAACGUGUUGCAUUAGGUUUGCUUGGUUUUGUUGCAAUCUAUUUGGUACUUGGUUGGGCUAACGAUUUUAUUUGUAAUUUUAUUGGGUUUAUUUAUCCAGCAUAUGCUUCAGUGUUGGCCGUUGAAUCAACGCCCACACACGAUGAUACAGAAUGGUUAAUAUAUUGGAUUGUUUAUGCUUCAUUUGGAUUUGUCGAAUAUAUUGGUUACGUAUUCUUCCAUUCAUUACCGUUCUAUUGGUUUGGUAAAUGUAUUUUCCUUCUGUGGCUAAUGGCGCCAGGAGAACGGGGUGGUUCUCAUAUUCUCUAUCAUCGUUUCGUACGUCCUUUCGUACUUAAACAUCAGUCCGUUGUUGACAAACAUAUUCAAGAUGUUAAAGAUCAAAUAAACAAAAUUUCAAGCAAUGAUACCAAAUAG